CAUACGACUAAAUAAAGUCAGCCACUGGGCUCUGAACUGAUCACACAAAAAUUAACACCACCGUGCAAAUGAAGCUCUCAUUAUUUUUACUUGCAAUUUUUAUUUUCAUAAAUGAAGUGCCAAGUGAUCAGUUGUUCACAUUUUGUGGUCAGCCCGUUAAAAAUAAACCGUACAGCGCACAUCAUGCACGCCAAUCUCGCCCACUUGUUUGUAUCAGCGACAACCCUUCAGGAUCAAUUACUUGGAACAUGCCCCUGGUGUGGUCGGAUACCACCUUGACUCCUGCAGAAAAAAAUAAUUCCACAGGUCCUUCGGUGUCGAAUAGUCUAAGAAACAACAUCAUUAAUUGCGAUUUCACCAAUGAGAGUGCUCCAUGCUUCAACCGGUGGAAUCCAUACCCACCCGACGGCUGGAGAGUAGUGAAAUCUCUGGAGAGUCCCAUGGGACCGAUUUUCGACAGUAGAUGGCAAGGAUUAAAGGAGUACCAUAUAGUACCUGGAUGGAGAGACUCGACAUUCAUAACAAAAUUCGGUUCAUCCGGUGCAAUCGCUGUUUCCAUCAGAGGACAUUCCAACGCUCAUUUUUUUUUGUGUCGUACCCUGAAUUACACAACGAGUUUCUGCUACUGGAUUUUAAUCGGAUCAUCGGACGCCAAUGGGGCUGUCCUCGGGAGAAGAUGUGAAUACGACAUCAAUGAUCAGGGUGUCCCUCAGAAAACAUGGAGAUGUCAUAAUCUGGGUAGAUCCCAGUCUCGGAAUGUACCACUGCAUUCGUAUGAAUGGAAAACAUUCGUCAUAAAGUGGGAGGAAGUUCAUUGGACCAUCAACAUAUUCGAUCCCAACGACAUAGUCGCAUCGUUUCACGAUUAUUAUCCGCUCUGGGCGCCUUACAAUGGAGAUAAAAUCUACAAAGUCUAUCUGGAUUACCUCAAAGACAGUGAGCCCAAGCGAUAUCGCGUUCAUGAUUACUCCUAUACUGUAGCCAAUAAACCAAAUGCUGUUUUGAGUUCACAUUUGGAAAUCGCUAAGACUGAUACUGUCUUCUGUAUCAGUCUGGCGAUAGGAUUAUGUUCCCAGUGUGAUCUGGAAGUGAGUCUAUUCGACGAAAGCAACAGUAUCGUGAAAACCGAAACAUUCUAUGGCUACACUUCUCAAAAAGCUCAUAAUCUUCCGUCCUGGCGACGCGUCAAGAUACGAUUAAAUAUCGAUAAUAAUUCACGACCAAUUGCCAUCAGGAUAGUCACUAAAUUGUCACCCGUUGGAAAUAUUUCGAGUCAUCACUGGGCGAUUGCUGAUGUUCACGAGUGUUAUCGGGAAGGAACUGUCAAGAGGGUAUACCUGUUUGCGGUUCAGGAGUGGACAUCAAUGAGAAAAUAUAAAUGGCCGGUGAUAACUUGUCAAGCGCUCUCUGAAGAUGGUCGCAGUCUCGUAGUGACUCCCAGUAAAAAUUCCGGUGAUGUAUUCCAGCCGACAGGUAUCUCUGGUAAUAGUGAACUCUGUCCAAAAUACUAUUUCGGGCCUAAUUGCGGGACGGAGUGCAGUUUAUAUUUUUCGAGAGACUGUUGGGGUGUAACAAUGUGCAAUUCAAUAUCCUGUUAUUGCACUCAAGGUCUAACGGGACAAACUUGCGAUUAUUGCACUUCCGGUCACUACGGAUACGGCUGCCAAAAGAAUUGCGGGAAUUGCGCUGAAAACAGUUGUGACAGGUACACAGGAGAGUGCAACGCCUGUCAAGCAUCUGCAGAGAGAUAUUAUCUAGGGCCCUACUGCAAAAAUGCCAUCGAUAUCCCACCGAGCCCAACCAUUACAUACGUCACCGAGACGACUGCUCGUCUGGAUCUUCCAGUGCAUGACGAUUACAAAAAUAUCAAUGCCUCAUUUUACUUUCAGCUUCAGACAGAAAAUUCCGUGCUUUCACUAUUGCCCGCUCAGACGACUCGCCCUACCGAUCCUGGCAUUCGCCAAUCAUUAACUGCUACGUUCACCAAUUUAAAUGCUGGAAAACAGUACAAUGGGAGAAUGAUAAUGGAAAUUCAGAACAUGAAAGCUACUUUGAAAGGCGAAUGGUGUAAUUUCACGACGAAAUGUCAAAGCUCUAGUUCCUACAGCGUACAGGUGGACGAAAGAAUGUUGUCAAUAUCAAAAUCUCUGAAUCAGGAUGUACCUCAUAAUUGUCCAGAUAGCUGGUACACUGUAGAACUCUUGCCUUCAAGGCAGACCCUAUCUGGAGUCUGGCCGGUGCAACUGUCUGACCUGCCACCAGGUACUUUGUUUCAGGUCCAGGUGAAGGGGUUGGAUGGCAGUCUGCAAUUACAAAAGGAUGUGAAAACCCUGGAAGCCGCGCCAUCGAAGGUCAUUAAUUUGGAAGUGGAGUCUGUGGACAGUACGUCGGUUGAACUUAGUUGGUACCCACCGGUUCAUCCUAAUGGCAACAUAACAGGUUACAAAAUUGUUGUUCAGUUGCGUUAUUAUAAGGGAUGCCUGGAGAAGAAACAACAAUUGAUAUCCGAUUUUUAUGAAAAUAAAACGAUAACGAUUUCUCCUGAUGUGACCUCUUGGAAAAUUGUGGGGUUGAAGCCUUAUGGCGGUUAUUAUCUCCUCGUGUCGGCCUAUCAUUCUAAGGCAGGACUGGAAAAUGGAACACCUGUUGCAACUAGAGCAUUGAGAAUUCCCACUGAAAAAUUUGAAGACCUGAAAUUUAUCGUCGAAAACUCCACUCUCACCUGGAAGGAUCCUGAUUGCAGCACUGUAACUGGCCCAAUUGCGGGGGCUGUGGUAAUUUUUAGUGGGCAGAGUAACGAUGUCAAGAAUUUUCACCACUCCGAGAUGACGCAAGAUUUGUCAUUUGAAUUGAAUUCGUUCAAGUCUAAACACAUAAUUAUUCAUGGUCAGGAAACUUAUCAAGUCAAGAUUUACGUAUCUCGCGACGUGAAGGGUGCGAAUUAUAAUCCGAUAGCUUGUACUUCUUUGAAUUUUACAACGCCUCCAAGUGCACCACCGAGAGUUGAAAAUUUGGAUCUUGUGGAAGUGAAUUCGGCGACUAAUUGGUCAACCCUACGCUGGCAGAAGCCUUUGUCUCCACGAAAUGGUGACAUCAGUCAUUACGCGAUUGUGUUCGCAGGGAAUGGUCAAUCCAGAAGUUUUAAUGUGGGAGUCGACAGCAUCUGCCCAUUAUGGAAGAAUUGGUUGUGUAAAGAUAUUCAAAAUAAUGCAGUACCCUCUAAAUUCAUAAAGGUCGUAGCUUACAACAAAGGCGCUGAAGAGUCCGGACCUGAAUCUCAAAUAGUAAAUCGCCUCACAGAAAAGGGAGCUGAUGCACCUCAGAAGGUGAGUUACCCAUGCAUAGGCAAUGGAAUAGUAAAUUUGACCUGGAGCCACCCCUGGAGAACUGGUGGCCCAUUGGUAAAAUUCAUAAUAACAAUCGACGUGAUAUCGACAAAUCUCUCAAGACCCCUGUGGAAAAAUCAGACUACAUCGUUUAUAACAAUACCAGUUAACAAAUCGACUUAUCAACCAUUUUACAUCGAGUGCAUUGACCUUCUGCCUUCGACUUCCUACGCACUUCAUAUUCAGGGUUUCGGUAAAAUCUAUCCUGGAGGAGUGGCGCACGUCAACGUGACAAUUCCACCCGCAUUUGGCUUUGACAGAAUCGAAUCCCCCGUUGUCAAUGCUGAAGAAUCACAAAUUAAUAUUGUCAUACCUGCAAUUCUUAAUGACACAGUGACUAAUAUUAUGGAUGUUAUAGUUAUCGGUCCACGUCGAUGUGAAAACACUGAGAUGAUCAGUGAUGUUUUAAAAAAUCAAUUGCAAUUGGAUCCGUAUACCGACGCCUGGUCUGUCGCAACUUUUUCAACGUCAGACAGAGCGAACACUCAAUUUACGAUCGGCGAUGGAAAACUUUAUUAUAAUAUUUAUAAUAAUACGAAUUGUCCGGUCUUUGAUGGCUCGUAUCGUUACGCAUUUUUGUUGCGCGAUGGAGAGAGCAGUAAUUCAGUGAAAUCUGAGAAACUGCUGAGUUGGACAUCCGAUCCGAUUAAAAUUGGAAACGACAUAAUAAUGGAGACGUCACCUGCUGGAUGGAUAGUGCCAUUGGUAUUAAUUUUGUUGAUCAUAUGUGGAGUUGGGUGGUUUUUCGUGAGAAGACACAGGAAAAGAUCGGUUAUAAUAGAAACCGAUACAAAAUCGGAUGACGAUCUACCCCUGCCACUGCUUGAGCCCCGAAAAAAUCCACGAGGUCCUCACAAUGGAAUGAAUCUUCUGGAAAAACAAGAGUCCAUCGAACAAGUUGGAGAUGACGUGAAUAUCCGUGGCCUAGUGCCAACCCCGAAGAAAAUACCGAAAAAACAUUUGUCGCUGGUGAAGCUGAGGGAAUUCCACGAUUACGUUAGAAAUGGAAUCGCAUCUGGAGAAUUAGUGGAGCAAUAUGACACAUUCCCGAGGGGUCAAACCCAGUCAUGGGACUACGGCCAAUUACCUCAUAAUAGAUCAAAGAAUAGAUACGCGAACCUGAUAGCAUAUGACGAAACGCGAGUAAAACUUGUAAAGCUCCCCAACGAGCCGUGUUCCGACUACAUAAACGCGAAUUACGUAAGGGGAUACAAGAAAAAUAAAGCAUAUAUCGCGACACAAGGGCCUAAAUCAAAUACACUCGAUGAUUUUUGGCGGAUGGUUUGGCAGGAACGAGUUCAAGUGAUUUGCAUGCUGGCGAAUGUUAUGGAAGGCGGAAAGAAAAAAUGUGAGAAGUACUGGCCGGACAUUGAGAAGAAAUGCGAGUUCGGGGGUAUCUCUGUGGAUAAUAUUAAUCACACAACUUUUGCGGAUUAUACUUUCCGAAUUUUUAAUGUCACGUGCGGCCAGGAGACUAGGAAAGUAGAGCAUCUCCAUUAUACCGCAUGGCCUGAUCACGGAGUGCCUCAUUACACCCAAUCGGUUGUGACGUACUUGAAGAAAUUACUUGCGACUAAUACCGGUCAUGGACCAGUGGUAGUUCAUUGCAGUGCAGGAGUUGGUCGAACUGGAACAAUUAUUCUGUGUGACAUUUGUCUGCGCAGAGCUGCUGCUGAGGGGGUUGUGGACGUCUUCGCGGAAACGGAAAUUCUCAGAACUCAGAGACCAAAUAUGGUUGAUAAUAGACAGCAGUAUCUUUUGGCUCAUCUCACAUUGGUCGAGUGUCUAUUGACACUUUCAACGGCAAUGCCCUGUAACGAAACAUUACCCGCAAAAAUUCAAGAACAGAAACGACAACUCUCACAACAGCUCCAAAGACUCGACGAGUGCGUUUGGCAGGACGAAGCCCUGCAAUCAUCACCGUCAAAAUCCAUUGAAAUAUCCAAAGGAAAUCUGCAUAAAAAUCGGUAUCCAGAAUUAGCUGCCGUUGUCGGACAGAAAAUCCAGAUUUCCAGAUAUCCAGCAUCAGAUCCUGAUAGUGAUUACAUAUUCGGAGUUUUUGUGGACAGCGCGCGAAACAAGAAUAAUUAUCUCGCGUCGCAAUUGCCGUUGCCUUCUACACUUAAUGAUUUCUGGAGGAUGGUGGCUGAAUUUAGGGUUGAACUUAUUAUCGCUCUGCAGUCCCCGCGUGAGAACGAUCAUACGUGCUGUGAAUUCGUAUUACGUGACGAUACAGAAGUCAAACCAACGUCUUUCAUAACGUUGAGACGGAAAAAUAGGAUCGAGGAAGAUAUCUGCUACAGCGAAAAAAUAUUGCUGACGGAUUCAUCAGGCAAAUCUUCGCGGGAACAACCAGUAACAGUUUUAUCUCUGAAGGGGUGGCAGUCCGGAGAGAGCAAACAGCCACCGAAACCGAUAACUCUUGUAGAUUUUUGGCAAUACGCCGAGAGGAUUCCCCGAGGCGAUGGUCCCACCGUCGUUUUAUGCGAUGAUGGGGUCACCAGCUGUGGACUCUAUUUGGCGCUGAGUUUCUUACUUGAAAGAAUGGGAUUGGAGAGGGAGUGUGAUGUUUCCCUGGCCAUUCGAGCCAUUAGAAGGUCGAGGCCGGACUUUUGUACCACUCCAGAGCAACUGGAAUAUUUGUACGACGCCGCCGUCAUUUACACUGACUAUUUCGAAACUUACGCCAACUUCACUUAAUUUUAUUUCACUGAUUCAGUUAUAGGCGUAUCGUGUGAUAAAUUUGAAUUGUAAUUUGCUCAUUCAAUAAAUGACAUCAUGACAACUUGAAAUUUUUAAUUACGUCUAUGUCAAUUUUUUAAUUGGACCUUUGCGGAAUUAUUCUGGUUUUCUAUUUGAGGCGAUAUUUUUCAGUUAUCAACCACUUGGUCAGUUCGCCCUAUUUUAUUCACACUGAUGACCUUUUAAAUUCGAAAUUUUCAAAUAAAUAUCAGGGGAGCGUGAAAAUCGAGGAGCUAUUCACUGAAAUUGAAAAAUUCGAAUUUUUCACCACUCGGUAACUUUUGUGCCCCCAUGUGACCCUUAAUCAAGUCCAAUUAGGCCUUAACCAAAUCCACUAACCCUUAACCAAGUCCAAUUAAGCCUAAACCAAAUCCACUGACCCUUAACCGAAUCCAAUUAACCCUUAACGAGAACAGUUAAACUUUAACUGUUCUCGUUAAGGGUUAAUUGGAA